AUUUGAAAUAAAAAUACAAAUUCUUAGGUAGGAAAAACAUUUUCCGGGAAAAUUGAAGCUGAAUCAAAAGCUGCAAAGAAAAUCACUCUGAUUUGUAUGGCAGGAUCAGAAGGAUUCGUUGAAGCUGAUAAUGCAGAAGCCAUUAUUACAAGAAUUGAACACAAAACACGCAAGAUCGAAGCCUUACUCAAACAGUAUAAACCAGUGGAAGCCCUUAAAACUGCACUUGAAGGAACCUAUGCCAUGACUAGUGAUGAACGUUGCAAGUCAGCACAUUGGAUUGUUGUGCAUAGAGCAAUAAUGGCUAUAAAAGAUGUGGAUGGAAUGCUUUCUUCCUUGGAUCCUGAAUACUAUGAUAUCCUAAUGAAGUAUUUAUAUAGAGGCUUAUCUACAGGAGAUCGUCCAACAUGUGACCAAUGUCUUCGGAUUCAUGAAAAAUUGACAGAGAGAGCAGGCCAUGGUUGCAUUCUACGUUUCUUGACUGAUACUGUAAAUACUGUUUGAUUUCUUAGUUUUUUCCUUUUGAUAUUUUGAGUUACCUUUAUGUGUUUGCAUGACUACAACAAUCAAAUGUACUGAGAUACUGGGGAAACAUAUUUUUGGUACUAUUUGGUUUCACUUCGAGUGGAGACCAUAGGAAUUGAUUUUAUCCGUCAAAAAUGAUUUUAUUUGUCAAAAA